AUCUGAAGCAGAGCAAUCAGAGCUCAGUCUGAGAGAGAAAGAGAAAGAGUGAACGUGGUAAGAUGGCAUCGAGCUGGGGAGGCGUAGUGUCGGAGCAGGCCGAUCUGAUAUCGAGUCGUCUCCGUCAGCUCGUGUCUUCUGGACUGCACUUUCUCCAUGAUGAGUUGGGGAUAGAUUUGGGUUUGAAGCCCGAGCUUUACCCGGCCUGGGUGAUUCUCUUCUCUACGGCGCUGAUCGGCCUCGUUCUCCUGCUGGUGCUGGUCGCGGCCUGCGGCGGAGCUCGGCGCAGAAAGCAGGGGGCUGCUCGGGGUAAAAGCACCGCUGUCGUGAGCGCCACCGAGAGCGUAAAGGCCACACCGGUUAAAGCGCCCAAACCCGACGAACCGAAGAAGAAAAACAAAAAGAAAACCGCAGAAAAGAAGAACCAGUCAAAUGGUGGGACGGUCCCUGAACCUCGAGAACAAGUCAAAGUUGUUAAGGAGUUCCCUAAACAAGCAACCCCACAACAACCACGUCCACCUCCACCAGCAGCAGCACGACCUCCUCCACCAGCAGCAGCACGACCUCCUCCACCAGCAGCAGCACGACCACCUCCACCAGCAGCAGCACGACCACCUCCACCACAACCACCUGUCGACGUUAAAGCUGAAAAGGCCAAGAAAGGUAAGAAGAAACCAAAGCCAGAGGUGAAACCAACCCAAGCUGUUUCCUCUACGGACGGAAAGGAGCCUGAUGAAGGUGCUUGGGAGACUAAAAUCAGUAACCGAGAGAAGCGACAGCAGCGCAAGAAGGAGAAGGGCUCUAACGAUGAGUCAGGAAGCCCUGGUGGUGGUCAGCGUGUUGGUCAGCAGACAGAGCAGCCUGUAGUUACAGCUCCAGUGAACACCAAGAAGAAUAAAGAAUCUCUGAAUUUGAAGGCAACGAAAGGUGAUGCCAAUGUAACACCAGCGGUAUCCACCUGGAAUAAUGUGAGCGCUGUGAACAGUGGAGCAUGGACUGGAGCGUCUGCAAAGCUUCCACCCCAGGUGAACGCUUCAGACCGUGAGAAAUCGUCUGCUGGCGUUAAGACGUCUGGACACAGGACUUCGGAGCAGUUGGCCUGGACUCAAGAAUCGGAGGCAGGGUCAUGGUCCAGCAUGGAUGGACGAAUUAAGCCAGAAGUACACCGAAUGAACUUCUCCAUGCUCAGAUUAAACCCAUCAGGUGGUGUUCCAAUGACUCAGCCUGCUGCUGAAUCGGGGAAUGGCCUCCCCGUUGCUGACGAGUGGUCUGGAUACAGUAAGACAAAUAAUUAUGGCCUUGGUGCAACAGAUCCAAGUUCAGACUGGAAUGCUCCAACUGAAGUGUGGGGGAAUUAUGAUGAACCUAAGCCAGAAACACCUGCUGCCCAAGAGAUGCCUGUUUCCCAGGUACCCAGGUUGCAGGAAUCUGAUGAGGACAAGGAUAAAGGAGAUCCUUCUGGAAGUGGCAAGUCCAAGAGAAAGAAGAAAAAGAAGAAGAAGCCAGAGGAUGAAAAUGCUGGCUCACAGGUGACCACCGAGAGUUCAACUGCACCAGCAGAAAGUGGAUCAGUCAAGCCCCAUCCUCAUGUGCCAGUGGGGGAGCCGACCAAACAGAUCAUCACUCAGCAGUCAGGACAGAAGAAAUCUGAUCAGAACCUGGAACCGCUGAAGCAAGUUCAAAAGAAGAAGGCGAGGAGAGAAACAUGAAUCCGCUUGAUCUCUUAUGCAAAGGAUUGUCAAAAAAUGUUUAUGCAAUAAUUUCAGAGUACAGAAUUUUAUACUGAUUUAAAUCUUCUGUGCUAUUUACAGAACAUCUUAAGCGAGAUUGGCCAAGUUGGCCAUAACUAAAUAAAAUAAAUUACAGCAAACCGAGAACAACUUAUGCACUAUGCUAGACUGAUGUCUUGUAAAGGAUCGAUUAUUGUACUUGAUAUCCUGCACGCUUUAGUGCAGUGAAAGAUUAUAUAUUGUCCAACUGCUACUUUUGCGAUAGUAGGAUUUGAAAAGUUUGUUAAUACCAUGGGGGAUAUUUUAGAAUUUUGAGGAUUUUUUUUUCUUUUUUUUUUUUUUCUUUCAAUUGUGAUUUUUCUCUUUCCUCUGGAACUUUUCUACUGCUGAAUUGCGUUCAGGAGUAUUUGCAGUGUAGCAGUUAGUGUUAGACACCACUGAGAGACACUGUGCCAUCAGAGCCAUCAUGAAGUACAUCACAAGUCGUCAGCAGCAGCAGGAAGAGACUGGUAUAUUACUGUAUUUUGUCAUCUGGAUCUGAAACAAAAGGAGAGUACAGGUUACUACAGAGAUGUUUCUAACACUAAGAAUAUUCUCCGUGCUUCCCCCCCCCCCCCCCCCCCCCCCCCCCGUAUUUAGCAUAUAUUUUCACAUAGAGAACUGUACACACCUUUUGAAAUACUUGCUUUAUCUUACCUUAUUAACUGUUGAAUCAAUUUAAUGCGCUUUGUCUCUCUUGCAACCUCUUCAAGUAGAAAAAGCCAGGCCAUAUGUACAGAAUUAAUAAGGGCUUUUUUCUAUAAUUCUCUUUAAUUGCACUGUGCUAAAGGUUGUAAUAGUUUCUAUUUUCAUUAUUUUCUGAUCUUCUUGAAAUGUGAAACUUUAAUUCCUGUUUAAUUUUGUUUUGGUAUCUUGUGAUAGACAGAGGGGGAAGUGAUUUUUCUUGGAGAGAGAAACGGUAAUAGCAGCUUUACCUCCAUUUUACUAUAAAUAGUAUCCCUAUCUCUGGAAUCUAUUGCCUUAAUCUGUUGGGUUUUUUUUUUCUUUGUAAUGUAUGCAUCCAUCUAACAAUCUCCUUAAAUUGAAGUAAUUUUGGAAAGGGUUGUAGAAUGAUCAUUUCCAGUUUGAUUGAUGUCAGAGUUGCACUUACUGUUGCACGAGUAAUGUUUUAAAUCUUUAUUAUAAUAAUCAAAUAAAUCUCCGCAUUGUUUUCCACUCUUACAAGUACUACUCUCGACAUAAAGGCUUUAAUGGAUGAGAAAUGCAUAUUGCUUUGGUAGAUCUUAAAUAGUGAAUUUCAAUCUUUCUUUUCAACUUCUUUUUUUUUUCAGGCUUUAAGCCUUGAACAUUUAAUUUAAAUGGAUCUAUAUGUGGAUUAACUGGGCGUUUGUCCCAUGUUCAUUUUUGUAAGUUGUGGUAGAUUUUGCGUACCUGAGGUACUCUGGUUUAGAAUCAGACACCUGCCUUAGUUUUCCAUUAGAAAGGUGGUCAAACCAGUGUAUUUAUACCUGUCUUCAGAUUUUUGGAUUGAGAAUGAUCAUGUUUACUGAAGUCGAUGCAAUAUUUCUAUGUUGAUUUGUUAAAUAAAACAUUUGAUCAUUGUUA